GACAUAAAAAAACCAGACAAUCAACCGACCUUCACAUUAGCGGUUUAUGGAUGCAUGUGCACUGCUCAUGUGGGCCCAUGACACGUAGCCUCUUCCUUAUGGGCUUUGGGCUUGACCCACGAAUGCACAUGGACCCACUUCAAAUUUCUAUAUAUUCACUUCCUCUUCUUACAAAAUUUCAAAUACCCUCUAAUAAAGGAAACCAGUUCAUACCUUCAUCAACAUUCGAUAUUCUUAUAAUAAUUAAUAAUUUUUUCAGUUUCAGUAUUUUCCAAUUAUGGCUUCUUCUACUCGAUCUGCGAUCACUUUAGUUACCCUUUUUUUGUUCCAAUACCUAACAGGUUCCUAUUCAACAACAUUCACAAUUCUUAACAAGUGUAGUUAUACAGUUUGGCCGGGAAUUUUAUCCGGUGCCGGAACAGCACCGUUCUCCACCACUGGUUUUGCACUCCAACCCGGCGAGUCCAAUGCUCUCGCCGUACCCACUGCAUGGUCCGGCCGUCUAUGGGGACGGACCCUCUGUUCUCAAGAUUCCACCGGAAAAUUCUCCUGUGUCACUGGCGACUGUGCUUCCUCCACCGUGGAAUGUGCCGGCGGAAACGCUCAACCGCCGGCUACGUUAGCGGAAUUUACACUUAACGGCGCUAACGGACUUGAUUUCUACGACGUUAGUCUCGUGGACGGUUUCAACCUUCCAAUGAUGAUUGAAUCGACGGGAGGGAACUGCACGGCGACGGGUUGCUCUGUGGACUUGAACGUGGGGUGUCCGACGGAGUUGAAAGUGAUGAGUAGCGAGGGAGGUGGAGAGAGCGUGGCGUGUAAAAGCGCGUGUGAAGCGUUUGGGGAUCCGCAAUAUUGCUGCAGUGGCGCUUAUGGUUCGCCAGAUACAUGUAAACCAAGUUCGUACUCGCAGUUCUUUAAGAGUGCGUGUCCACGCGCUUAUAGUUACGCUUAUGACGAUGGAACCAGCACUUUCACUUGUGCCUCUGCUGAUUAUACCGUCACUUUUUGCCCCACACCCUCCACAAGUUCAAUCAAGUCUGGGAACGAUAAAUAUCCAAUUGGGGUUGACACGUCAGCGGUACAUAUCGAUCGGACAGGGAACAACGUUAUGAUGGUUGUUAUUGCAAUUGUUUUGAUAGCGUUGUGGUAACUUCAUUAGUUUGCUCUUCUUCACCAACUUCUAAGGUCACAUAACAUUAUGGUGCUGAAUUUGUUGGACAUCUCAACUUGAAUCGUGCAAAAUGUGAAAGACAUCUCAUUAUUGGGUGUUUUUUUAGAAACUAUAUUUUCUAUUAAACAUUUUUUAAUAUAUUUUAUUUUUAUUAGUUGAAAUUUAUGUGGUUUAUAAAAUAUUAAUAGCUCCACAUAAUUUAGUAAAUUUCAACCAAUAAAAAUAAUUAUUAGAGAAUAUGUCGAUAACUUUUUUACAAAGAAAGUUGCUUCUCAACUUUUUUAUUUUUAAAUUAGCAAAAUUUAUUAGUUAUGUUUCUAGGAAUAGAAUUAGGCAGGUAGCAGAGUUACAUCAGCGAGCAAGACUCACGCAAUUCAUAUGUUGUCCUCUAUCUGAAGCGACAAAUUAUGGCAUUUUAGGACAUUUAUAAAAUAUUUAUAGGAUCAAUUUGCUCCAAUUGUAAUUAAAAACAUAAUUUUAUUAUUUUUAAUAUAAAAGGAGGAUUACAAUUUUGAUUUGC